AUGGCUCUGGAAAAGUUCUACCGAAAAGAUCCUGCCUCCUACAAGGUCGUAAUUGGCGAUUUCAACUCCAAAACGUGGGAGUCACCCGCUGAAGGGUACCGUAAUGAAGUAGACCACAUCAUCAUCAAUAAAAGGUUCAGCCUAACGGACGUCACUGUUGUACCAAAGUUCUAUACGGGAUCGGACCAUCGCCUCCUCCGAGGAAGAUUUUCCUUCACAAGGAGAAAAGAGAAAGCCGCCAAGUUCAGAGAGAGAAAUCCCAGGACUACCAUCAACUGGGAUCUCUUCGCUACGCUAGCCGGCUUUUGGGAAGAUUCCGCAAUGGACCACAUCGACGAGGAAUAUGACCGACUCACUGAACACCUUCACGACUGCGCGAAGAAGGCUGAGAGUUUUAAAACCACCAAGAGAUGCUUGUCUCUUGAAACUCUUGAGCUAAUACGCCAGCGUGGAGCAGCACGAGCCGCAGGGAACCAAGAAGAAUUCACGUCGGAGCUAGCAAGGCUUUGCAGAGAGGCGAUAAAGAAAGACCUCAAAGAGAGAAGAGCAGAAGUGCUGGCUGAAGCUGCAGAGGCGGGGAAAGCAUCCGCUAUGCCCGUCGAGAUUCGCCAGUCGCAAGACGAGGAUGACUGCUCUCCCGAACCCGAAGGGAACAACCAAUGCAUCGAGAAGGGGAAGAAGAGAACAUCAUCUAUGACUUCUACUCUGAUCUCUUCGACUGCCAUGUCCACUUGCCUCCUUACCAUCUGA